AUGGAUAUAUAUUCGAGUCAUGUUGAGCUAGAGUGGAUUCCUCAUCUUACUAAAGAGGUGUUUCCAACCGUCAAUCUAUUGAAAGGCGAUUUGAAAAGUCAACUGGAAGCUGUUCUUUCGGAUGAGCUCGAGUUAAUUCCUGCUAUACCGAGCAUUAUACAAGAUGGCAACCUUGACAAUGAAAAGAAAGAUAAACUUCGGCUUCUCUUGCGUGUCGAAGAGAUCUGGAAAUCCAUGUUGCCAGUCCUUGACCUGGCUACCGAUCUGGAAGAACGAAAGGAAGCCGACGACAAAAUGUGCUUGUUUAUUAAAAGUUUAGCACGCAGUGUUCAUGCAGGUCCCGAUAACUUAUUCGAGUUACUCCCGAGUAAUUCUACCGAGGACUUGAAGAUCGACAUCAAUUCAGCAUGGGACAAACUUCGAGACAAGUUAUUCUCCGAAGAAGUGAUGUCAUCAAUUAUUGGAAUGCUCCAAUCGAAGAAGCUAGUUGUACCCUCCGAACUACAUGAAAGUGCCACAACAGUCUUUCAAUUAGCUGUCGAAUUAUUCAGCUUCAACAUUCGCAAGGACACUAUCCGUCGACUACUAGGAGGGGACCAAGAUAGUUCAGAUGCCGAGAAGAACGUGUUUUUCAUUGCAAGGAUUAGCGAGGUCCUCCAGCCAGCACUGAUAGAGUACCUCGUGCAGCUGCAGCAGAUGCUAUCGCUAACGACCAAAUGUGAUGAUUUUCGGCGCCUUGUUGCAUGCAACUACAAGACUGUGGAAGCUGUCAUCGAGGACCACCAGUGUGGUCGUGAUGCUCUUGUACAAAGUGGCGUCUCUCAUGAACAGGCCACCAAAAUUUUGAAGAGAGCAUCUGUCAUUGCUAUACGUAACGAGCGUAUAGCAAUAGAGGCAUUACGAUCCAACGGAUGCAAAAAUCGAGGCAUGGAACAUGAAAUCUCUAGCAUAAAUCAAGAGCUGGUAAAUCAACACUCUCUACGUGAUAUCAACCUCUCAACCAUGUUCCCCAUGGGGAGCAUGAUAGAAGACGAUGGCAUCUCUGUCACCUCACCGGCAGCCUUUUUUGUUCACUUAUUAGACUCGAUUAAGAAAGCAUCCUUGGGGGCAGCGGGAGGAAAAGCGACUACAUUACAGGACAAACUAUUUGAGCGGCGGCCUGAUCUAAAACAGUUGGACUUGUCUUACUUCAACACCAGCAUCCAAAUUCGCUACAUUGAUCUUGUAAAUGAGAUUCUUGAAGCCAUUGCCUGGGAACAAUCCGAAAAACUCCAAAAUCCUCUUUCUCCAUUUAACAUGGAGUCUAAAGACACUGCCGAACGGAAAUCCUCCGAACCGCAACACAUUCGUUUAGAGGUUUAUGAAAAAUACGUUCAGCCUAUGGUGUUUCCCAUGAAUGUUUUCCCCUACAACCACGCCAUACAGAGCAUUCGAUUAUUGAUGAAGGCCUGUGGAGUCCCACUUAUACAAAUCCUUGAGACGUUUUCUGCGCCCGACAGAAUUCAAUUUGCCACAAAUACUCCAACCGUCAUAAAAAUGCGUAUAGAAAUUAUCAACCGUGCGUGGGCAGCAGAAGUGCUCGGGCUGCAAUAUGAAGAUUACGUAGCCAUCACAACAGAAGGCUUUUAUCCACACAAGGAGUGGCCUAGCGAUGACUAUUUGAAGUCGGUUGAUUGCCGAAAAACGUGGGAGUACUGGGGCUACGAUAGCGAACAUGAUAUUCUGAGUUCAUCCAGUGGCUUGACACUCGUACAAAAAGAGACAAUGCCGCGCAGUGGAUUGAGCUUUGAGGAAUUGCUUUCGAUUACAAAGUCUCGAUAUUUUUGUGGUACUCUCCAAAUGAAGCCCGAUCAACCGAAAAAUCUCAGCGAAGCGAGAAUAGAGCAGAAAGAUGGGGACUCUACAACGCCUGGGAUUGACACAUGCCAACGUCUCCAAGCGUUCGUCAGGCUGUGGAGAAAACUACCGUGGACAUUGCAUGAGCUUGAUAUCUUCGUAUCUAUGUUUGCCGGUAGUGCCUCCAUUGACGCAGAUGUUAUUGGGAAAAUAGCCUGCGUGCAGCAGAUAGCAGAGUUGACGGGAUUAGCUCUUGUGGAGAUACAGCCCCUCUGGGGAGAUAUCGACACAUACGAUUAUACCUCCUUAAAAGUGUACAGCUUGUAUACCCGUCGGUUUCUACAGUCUGCGCACCCGGACGAAAUCUUUUUCCCAAAGAAAGCUGUCGAUGAGGCCUAUCAAUAUUUUAAUACCGACUCAAACAUUGUAGAUUAUCUGCCUACAAUUUUGGAGGGAGUUCGGUUGACCAUGGAUGAGUAUCUUGAGAUCAAGGAUCUCGUGCCGACAAUUCUUACAAUGAGCAGCUUAAGUCAACUAUACCGCAUCUCAACGCUUUGCAAGAUACUCGACGUCCCAGUAGACAAAUACAAACUCCUGAUCAGCGUUCACUCAUCCAAAUCCCAAUUCAAUCCUUUCCAGGAUCCGUCAACAACCCUGGCUCUGAUCAAGGAUCAUAAAGCAUCACGGUUCAGCCUGGAUGAAAUUCUCUUUAUUUGCACUGGAAACGCUAUCAAGUCUGACGACGCGUAUAAUCCUACUCAAGAGAAUAUUGAAAAAAUUAUAAAUGCGAUGAUUCAAGGCUUCUCUGCGACGGAUACUUACGACGGCAAAGCGCCGCUAUCCUCACCAUGGCAAAUAAUUGUUGAGCAUCUUCAUCCGCACUUCCCCGAUGUUGAAAAAAAUGUUUUGGAAUAUUGUUUGUCGGCAAGUAUUACUACAGGUACUCGCAACGUAACCUCGAGCUCUAGCCUGGAAAUUAUACUUGCAAUGGAAACAGAGCCUAUCACCGACAAGCCUCCUUUGGCAUUGAAUAUCAGGAUUCCUGAGAUAUUAAAGCCCAUAGUACUAACCAAUCCGCAUAUUAUAUAUAUUAUGGAGAUGCUGGUCAGGCGUCUUAUGCAUACUGCCGCGAUCGUCAGGCGAUGUGGACUGAAGAAGGCUGAAAUUGAAAUGCUUCGAAACCUCAAGAUUGCCUUCAUUGGUUUCGCCCGUCCGGAUCUACAAGAAAUUCGUGAACUAGAGCGUUAUUGUCAACUUCGGGAAGUCUUCCCAAAUAAGAAAGAAAAGCAACCGCUGUGUGACUUUUAUACAUCUCUCUAUCACAGUCCCCCUGGAACAGUCGAACAUCUUAUAUCUCUUCUAGUAUCCGUCAGUGGUUGGUCUUCAGAGAUGUGUGCUAAUUACAUAAAAGCCAAGUAUGCCUUGGACGACACUUCAAAUACAAAAGAGGAAGCCGACCGCCUGGCAAAACGCUUUCGAAUCCUAUCGACCCUUCUAGAGAUGAGCAACUCCAUCUCUCUGGUUGGCAAAUUGCGACUUCCAGGUAUAUCACUGGAACAGUUGUUUGCAUUAGCGGAACCUAGACUUCCCAAGAACACACUUGAGCUUCCAAAGGUACAUGCGCAUUUAUUUCCGCGUGGACAUUUUCCGUAUUAUCCACCACCUCCUAAACGUUCACCACCUAAACGUUCACCAACUGAAUCUCCACCACCUAAACCUUCACCACCUCAACCUUCACCACCUGAACCUUCACCACCUGAACCUUCACCACCUACACCUCCUCCACCUGAAUCUCCACCAACUGAAUCUCCACCACCAGAGCCUCCAGUGCCUUCACAUACCAUGGUAUGGAAUGAUUAUUUUGAGUUUGAGAAAGCUCUCCGAAAGGCGAUUCGAAAUCUCCGAAUAAUGCCUGGUGGCGGUGCAGCGUUUGAUAAAGCGUACGAUGGGAUACGCACAGCCCAGCGUGAUGCCAUGGUGCAAUAUCUAUUAGCUCAUAGUUACGCUAGGCAAAACGAGAUACGAGAUGCAGAAGAGCUGUUUGAACAUUUGCUCAUCGACGUUCAAAUGGGGCCCGUGCUGCAGACCUCGCGACUCAAGCAAGCCAUCUCAACGGUACAACUCUUUGUUCAAAGGUGCUUGCUGGGUGUCGAGCGUCGCCACGGCAUUACGGGGCCGAAAUUGCGCGCGAACAAAUCCGUUGAAUGGGAUACAAUGUUCCGCUACAGGCUGUGGGAGGCAGAACGCAAGGUUUUCUUACAUCCCGAAACCUGGGCAGAUCCCACGCUCCGAGAUGACAAGACGGAACAGUUUUUGGAGUUUGAGACGGCUAUGGCACAAACCAAGCUUGACCCAGAAAGCAUUGCUACCCUAACCAAGACGUAUCUACACGAAAUCGAAAAAAUUGCCAAUUUAGAGAUUGUCAAUUAUCUUUGGGAUCGGACUGGCUCAGGAGACGGUCGCACGCGUUACGCUGACAUACAUUUCUUCGGACGCACGAGAACGCAGCCGGUUUCCUUUUAUUACCGCAAAUUACAGAUUCGCCCAAGGGAGCAUGAUGAUGAACAAGACAUGUAUUUCUGGACGCCCUGGGAAAGACUCGAUAUCGACGUGCCAGUCUAUGAAACAGAUGCAGACGGACGACGACUUGAUAAACCCGGGUCAUAUCUAAUUCCAGCAGUGAUACAGGGCCGGUUAACGUUGUUCCUUCCUGAAAUCACACUGAUGCAAACAAAUAAUGAAUUUACUUCGAAUGGCGGAAGAACAGGUCAGGACUUGCUCAAUGCGAAAAUGGCGUCGCUUGUUCCACAACGUUGGUGGGACGUUCGGAUGGGACGUACUGAAAGACGCAAUGGAAAGUGGCUGGCAAAAUCAGUACCUCAAGAGGCGAUUCAAUGUAAACCAAUCACAACGUACACCAAAGUUAAACUUUCUGGGAUCGACAUCGUCUACGCCGGCGUGGAAAAAUGGCCCGCCAUCGAUGAAUUCAACUUCUCUCUACUCGAUACAUACCGAGAUGAAUCCAAUCCAAAUCUGCACAUCGAGGUCGAAUACAGAUACCGUGAAAAGAUUAACUCGGAAAAGGAGAUCUUAAAGUGUUUUAGUUACGGUGCAUUCGAAUGUCAUGGCCAUCAACUGAUACGUCGACAGCGAGGGCUGUAUGAUACUCAUGAACCACCGUAUGAUAUCACAAGCUUCCAAAAGACUAAUUACGCAAAGAACGGCGAAUUCAGCCAAGAGAGAGUACUGGGUCCAUUCAAAGCAAAUCAUGUUGAUGGGAAAGGAAUUCCUGAUAUAUCUCGGCGCAACUGGACUAUAUCAUUCGAUGAAUCCCAUACAUCAUUUAAAAUACCUCCUGGGUUCUUCUCCCCCAAACCGUGCUCGAAAGCCCUCGUCUUUGAUGAGGAAACCUCGAAACAAGGUUGUCUGCAAUACAUUGGAAUACCUAAAGCCUUUUCUAAAGAAACAUAUGAAGUCAAAUUUCAGUUGUAUGAUUUUACAAACUUGCUUACGGCAAGAUUGAUAGACUGCGUGAACAAUGGCGGCGAGGUCGACGCAGUCCAUCAAUUCCUUCAUAAAAUUGGGUCUGAGAGCACCGAGUCCCGUGAUACCUUCGGCUUGCAUCAUUAUGUCGACAAUUUCUUCCAUGAACGCGCUCGGCCGUUUUCCAUAUAUAAUUGGGAGCUCGGCGUUCACAUCCCAAUGCUACUGGCAGAGCGUCUCAUGGCUACGCAGCAAUAUGACCUAGCUCUAGAGACCCUGCGCACCAUAUUUGAUCCAACUCUCAGCGAUGAUCCAUAUCAGUGUUGGUUAUUUCCACCUUUUGUGGAUGCUAUCAAGAAAUUGAAUACUCGUGACAACGAGCCACUUGUGGAACGAACUAUUAUGGAACAAUAUGAGAACAAUAACGUCCAUGUUUUGGCCCGCAACUCUCCGGAGGUUUACAUGAAGCGAAUAAUGCUCAAGUAUAUAGAGGUCCUUAUUGGAAUGGGAGACCUAUUUUUUCGUCAAGCAACGCUCGAGAGCAUUCCGCUUGCCAUCGAGCGAUAUAUUCAGGCGUCACAUCUGUUUGGUGCUAGGCCAGUCAUCAUACCAAAGUUGAUUGAAACAAAAGCAAAGACAUAUGAGAAACUCACAGAACCCGACCGAAAUUUUUCAAAUGACAACUAUAAUGCUGCCCUCGACACUGCCCCUAGUGGAGUUGCCGUAUUAAAUGGACAUAAGCUUAAGACUUUGGGGAUUGCACCAUCUAAAUACAGCUAUUUCUCCGUUCCUACCAAUCCGUAUAUAAUCGACCUGGGCAAAAAAAUCGAUCAACGACUGUACAAUAUCCGAAACGGAUUAGAUAUCAAUGGUAUCCCGAUUUCUCUUCCGUUAUUCGAACCGCCCCUGGACCCGGCCAUGGUGCUUGCCGCACAAGCUCUCAGAUCAAUUGGUAGUUCAGCUAGCCCGUUUACCUCGCAAGAUGGCCCAAUUCCCAAAUAUCGCUUCAGGUACCUUAUUCACCAGGCAUAUGAACUCGUCAAUGAAUUACGCCUGGCGAGCCAGCAAUUAAUCCAGUUUAAAGAGAAGAGGGAUGCUGAGGCCAUCUGGCUGCUUCGGACUAAGCACCAGCGCACCGUUUUGGGACUAACAAUGCGUAUAAAGAAGAAUCAGAGACUUGAGACGGAGAAGGGCAUAGAAGUACUGCAGGAAACUAGAAAGCAGCUGGAGAUGCGACUCAACUAUUACCUGCAGCUGACAGGUGACACGCCCACGUUUCCAACGGCUGAGGGUGACCAUUGGGCGGAUGUUGUUCAAAAUAUCGCCUCACCAACAACCGAUGAUCUAAGGAUGUCUCCCUUUGAACUAGGUGAAAUGAACUUGUCUGAGAAAGCUUCCGAUAUGAACAUAGCAGCAGGAUUGUUAGAUGUCGCUGCUGCCGCCGCAUUUGCAAUUCCCACCUUUUCUGUCAAGACACAGCCAAUGGGUAUGGGGUCGGAUGUUAGUCUCGGCGGAUAUGUCUUGGGGCAGUUGAUACAGUCACAAGCUGCUGCUGUUAAGUUAGGUGCACAAGUAUAUACUGACCAAGCCGUCAAGGCUGCGCGGGCUGGUGCCAUUACAAAACAGCUGCAAGAGCGCCGGCUUGAGAUCAAUGUUACCGGUCGCGAGAUGGUUAAAGUUGACAAAGAAAUUAAGCAAUUGCGAGUACGCCUGGACGUAUGCGAUGCAGAUAUGAAAGCCCAUGAGCAAGAAAUCGAAAACGCAGCAGCUGAAGAAGAAUGGCUUCGCAAGAAAUACACAAGCGAGCAAUUAUACGCGCUUCUGGAAAACUCAAUGAACAUUAUUUUUCAACAAACAUAUACUAUGGCGGCCGAUAUGGCUAGUUUGGCAAGACGUGCACUGAACUUUGAGCACGCAGCCCAGUUUAAUAAUGAUAGCAAGUUGCCCAAGGUUGUUAAUUACUGGGACAAUUCGCACGAUGGUCAUUUAUCUGCUGAGUCUAUAAAGAGUAUUUCCUUGCGACAGCUGAACCCCAUUGAGCUUUUGAAGCUGCGAGAGACUGGGGAAGCCAUUCUCAACGUACCGGAGGCUUUGUUCGAUAUGGACUACCCAGGCCAUUUCUGUCGUCGCAUCUCGUCAGUCUCCGUCUCAAUUCCCUGCAUACUAGGAGCAUAUACAUCCCUCAGUUGCACACUGAGGCUAACGAAACAUGGCUACCGUAUUUCACCGGAUUUGAAGACGCCCGAGAAGGAUGCCUUUCGGCAAGAUAUAGUUCCUAUAACAUCUAUCGCUGUCAGUAACGGUGUGCAAGAUUCUGGUAUCUUCAAUAUGGAUUUUCGUGGCACCGAUGAGUAUGGGCCUUUUGAAGGUGCUGGAGCUAUAUCGACUUGGAAAAUUGAACUCCCCCAGGUAUUCAAGCCAUUCGACUAUCAUACCAUAUCUGACGUGUUGAAAGACAUAGUCAAAAGGCUACCGUUCUGGACGCAACAGAACCGGCCUACCAGCGUCACGAGCAUCACUCUCCUUAUGUAUCCCCAGAAGCCAGCAAGUGCAACAGUCCAUGUAGGAAAAUCUUCGACCUCCCCGAUCAAGCUAGAUGGAGCCAGGGCAGAUGCACUCAGCCCGUAUGCCCUUGCGAUAGCAGGCAUCAGCCAGCCUCUAGAAGACCAGUGGGCAAUUGAGAUGCUCCCUAAGGCGUAUGAACGGGGGUGGUUAGUGAUUGGAUACUCUGCAGGCCGAUCCACGUGA